GGAGGCGGCUGCCGGGGUCUGCCAGCCCAGCGACACUUCCGGGGGCUCUGGCCGGCAGGGCGCGGGGCAAACUGAACCAAAGGUAACAUCAGAGCAGCGCAGAUCUUGUGAAAAUUUGGAAGUUUUGAGCUACUCUUUGGAGCGAAGGAUAAUGUAAAACCAAAGGGCAAGACAGAACCACACAGAGAUCCUGUUUCCCCACUGAAACCACCAUUAGGUGCAGUUUUUCAGCUUUGAAGUCCCUACUAUAUUCCAUCCCAUGAAACCUGAUUACAAAGAUGGAGCACUGUGCUGAAUAACAGAUUUUCCCAAGCACUUCAUGUGUAGAAGAGAGAAGUUUCUUGAAAUCUUGUACUCCUCAUGGAGGUAAAUGUCAAGAAAAAGGUGGUGAACAAAAUCUGCGAUCCUGUGCCAUGUACUGGAGAGGCCCCUGCCUGUGUUUCUCACAUCUUGCCUUCAGAGCAGGUUCCACCAUCUAACGUGUCAGAACUUCUCAGAAUUAUUCCCAGAGUAGCACAUCUAGAAGCUGAACCCCAGAAGAGGCGGCCAGCCACUGCAAUAAUAUCAAAAAGGGCAAAUUCUUCAAACAUGUCUGGGGCACCACUGAAUCGGCCUGUCAUCCCACCAAGAAGACCUUGUUUGAGAAUAUGCUAUAUCUGUGGCAGAGAAUUUGGGUCACAGUCUCUUUCUAUACAUGAACCUCAGUGCUUAGAGAAGUGGCGUACUGAAAACAAUCAGCUGCCAAAGCAUCUCAGAAGAGCAGAGCCCAGGAAACCAGAGGUCCUUGCUAAUGAUUCCUGUAGACUUACAGCUGACAAUGAGGCAGCUUAUCAUAGUGCUCAAGCCCAGCUCCUGCCCUGUGGAAACUGUGGCCGAACCUUCCUUCCUGACCGUCUCAUUGUGCACCAAAAAUCUUGUAGAGGAGGUAGCAGUAGUGUGGGACUGCCAAGUUCUAGCCUCCAUAAAUCCAACAAAGGCCCAGGCUCUGGGUAUGGCUCAGCGGGUGAAAAUCCAUCCAAGACCUGUCAAAGAAAGAGUGGGACUGCAUUAGACAAGGCAAAAGUGGUAAGACGGCCACCAACAGUGAUUUGUUACAUUUGUGGUCGUGAGUAUGGAACAAAAUCUAUUAGUAUCCAUGAGCCACAAUGCCUGAAGAAAUGGCACCAGGAGAAUGACAUGCUACCCAAACACUUGAGAAGGCCAGAGCCCAAAAAGCCUGAAGUCAGUUCCAUACAAGCCAAAGGUUUCUAUGAUCUCGAUACUUUAAAUGAGGCUGCCUGGACCAGUGCCCAGAACCAGCUAGUUCCAUGCAAUGUUUGUGGGCGUACUUUUCUUCCAGACAGACUGAUUGUCCACCAGCGGUCGUGUAAACCGAAACCUGCAAAGUGAAGUGGAUAUAGCAUACAUAUGCACACAUGCAUGCUCUCUCUUUCUCUCUGUCUCUCACACACGAUGUGUCUAUGCGUGCAUGAAUAUGCACAAUCAUUUUCCCAUAUCUUUCAGCCAAACAACAAGAGGAUUAAAAUCCAGCUGGAGAGCCAUGGCCAUCAAUCUGCAGUGUGUUGUCAGAUCAUGUGAUACAAAAGCUAUGUCAGGGGAAAUUUAGGCUCGAGGUGAGGAGAAAGUUC